AUUAGCAUUAAACAUGAUAUCUCCUAACGCACAGUACGCAGCUACGGAAGCCCGGGAGUUGGUUUACCCAGCUAGCGAGCCAGCUUCCUCAAAAUGGCCAGCCUGAGGAGGGUCGCCGCCGUCCUGAGGAAUGUUUUUAGGAGUCCUCGCCCACUGAAAGGUGUCUCAUUGAGCCGUGCUGUCGGACCCGGUGUUCUGAGCUGUGUCAUCGGAACCGGGGUCAUCUAUUACCACUAUCAUGCUUACUACAGGACUCUGCCCUUCACCGUUCAUGCCGACGCACCGAAAGAAGCUGCAGCCCCUCAGCUGUCUGCCAGAAAGAUCCGUUUCAACCAGUUUGCCUCAGUGGUCUACGAGCACGAGCCCUACAUGACCCCCAGAGACUUCCUGUUCUCAGUGAUGCUGGAGAAUGUUGACCGAAAGCUGCAGAAGAGAAUUUUAACAACACAGGAAGUGAACAACAUGUUGAUGGCUGCCUCCAAAGCUAAGGCUGGGAAUGAACUGUUCCGAAGCAUCGGAGACAACGGUUUGAUAUCCUACACAGAGUAUCUGUUCCUGCUGACCAUCCUGACCAAGCCACGUACAGGAUUUCAUAUAGCUUUCAAAAUGCUUGAUGUUGAUGGCAAUGAACAUGUGGACCAAAAGGAAUUUCUCAAGCUGAAGAAAAUCAUUGGAAAAAGUAAGAGAGUUCCCAAGGAUGUGACAGAGAAGGCAGUGGAAGAGAGGGAGGGUGUGGACACCACUCUGCAGGCUUACUUCUUUGGGAGAAGAGGAGAAAACAAGUUGCAGUAUAAGGAGUUCCACAGGUUCAUGGAGGACCUGCAGGCGGAGGUCCAGGAGAUGGAGUUCCUGCAGUUCUCCAAAGGUAUGGACACCAUGCGGAGAGAAGACUUUGCAGAGUGGCUGUUACACUACACCAACGAAGAAGACAAUGAGGUGUACUGGGAGAACAUGAGGAAGAAGAUCCCUGCUGGCCAGAGCAUCACAUUCGACGAGUUCAAAGCCUUUUGCCUGUUCACCAACAACCUGGAGGACUUUGCCUUUUCAAUGAAGCUGGUGACUGAAGCCAACCGUCCUGUUGGAAUGGCCCAGUUCAAACGAGCUGUGAGGAUCGCCACAGGCCACGACCUGUCUGAGAAUGUGCUGGAUACUGUGUUUAAACUCUUCGAUAUGGACGGAGACAACUGCCUGAGCCACAAGGAGUUCAUGGGAGUGAUGAAAGACAGAGUCCUACGAGGUCUCAAGGUGCAGCAUCAGAGCGGCUUGUCUGGUUACUGGAAGUGUGUGAAGAGAGAGACCCUGAAGGGAGCUCAGGAGGCCCUGGGGGACUCCGGGUGCCCCAUCUGACCCAGUCAUGUCCCAGGAUCAUCUGACAGGCCAUCACUAAAACCACUGCUCACCUUGCUAUUAUAUAAUCAAAUAAGUGGUGUGAACAUUAUAAAUGUAACUACGUCACGAAACAAAGGAUUUACACCACUAUGUCGUCUACAAAUAAUGUUUACAGAUCUGUUAUUAAAAGGGAUAGUUCAGUGGGUUUUUUUAAAGUGUGGUUGUAUGGGCUACUUGUCAAUAGACAGUAUAUCACACACAACUUGUCUUUCAGCAUGCCUUCAGUCUGGAGAAGCAGCCUGGAGUCUGACAUAGAAGAUAGGAAAUUUACUGCUGUAGAGAUGUCAGCAACAAAACAUUUAGCAACCCAAAGAAAGUCCAAACUAAAAAAAACUUCUCAGUAUUAGUGUUCGUUACAGUGAGAAUAUUUUCAGCAGUGAUUUUCAACAGAAAAAAUAAAGCCAUUAUAUCACUCGUUAAAGCCUCCAUUGAGAAAGAAAACUGAUUUUAGCUCACUGAACACAGAUCUACUGCUGCUGAGAUCAGAUAGUCUGUGUUUAUGUGUGACAUUGGCUCCUAAAAAGAUUAGUUUGGAUUCACCAAAGUCACACAAUGACACAAACU